ACCUCGGGUUCCAGGAUGCUCUCUGGCUGCAAAGCACCCACUCUCCAGCUCGCUCUGCGCCGUGCCCGGCGCCCUGGGAUGGUCAGCCCGGACCCAGAAGAGCAGCAGGCGGAGGCCUACGGAAAGUCGUGGAAGGCGCUGACCCUGUCGCAGAAGAGGCCCUACGUGGACGAGGCGGAGCGGCUGCGCCUGCAGCACAUGCAGGACUACCCCAACUACAAGUACCGGCCGCGCAGGAAGAAGCAGGCCAAACGCCUCUGCAAGCGCGUGGACCCCGGCUUCCUCCUGAGCAACCUGUCCCGGGACCAGAACGCCCUGCCGGAGAAGCGGGGCGGCAGCCGGGGGGCGCUGGGGGACAAAGAGGACAGGGGUGAGUACUCCUACGGGCUGCCCACGCCCCCGGAAAUGUCACCCUUGGACGUGCUGGAGCCGGAGCAGACCUUCUUCUCCUCCCCCUGCCAGGAGGAGCAUGCGCACUCCCACCGCAUCCCGCACCUGCCCCGGCCCCCUUACUCCCCGGAGUACGCCCCCAGCCCUCUGCACUGCCGCCACCUGGCCCUCGGCCAGUCCCCGGGCGUCUCUAUGAUGUCCACUGUCCCGGGCUGUCCCCCGUCCCCUGCCUAUUACUCCCCCGCCACCUACCACUCUCUCCACUCCAACCUGCACGCCCACCUGGGUCAGCUCUCCCCGCCUCCGGAGCACCCCGGCUUUGACGCGCUGGAUCAGCUGAGCCAGGUGGAACUCCUGGGGGACAUGGAUCGCAAUGAGUUUGACCAGUAUUUGAACACUCCUGGCCACCCAGACUCUGCUGCAGGGGCCGUGGCCCUCAGUGGGCACACCCCCGCCUCGCAGAUGACACCCACGGGCCCCACAGAGACCAGCCUCAUCUCGGUGCUGGCUGAUGCCACGGCCACGUACUACAACAGCUACAGCGUCUCAUAGAGCCGGAGGCCCGCCCAGCCCUGCCUCCGCCCAGCCCUGCCUCCGCGCCUGGGCACGGAGCCUAUGGACCUGCGACCUGCACAUCUGCACCGAGGGACUCUCAGCGAACCGGCUCUGCAGAUCCCAGUACCCUCUCCAUCCUCUUCCUCCCCGGCCCCAAUCCCCUCCGCCUGCAUUUUGAGUAUAUUCCUUCAAAUGAGUUGUCAUUGCCUACACCUGGGAAUAAGGCCAGGGCGUUUUUUGAAAGACACAGGUUCCAGGUAGAAUUUUCACGGACCUCUCCUCCCGGUUCCCAUCUCAGAAAUAACUGUGUAAAAAGCCCAGCAGCAUUCCCACCUGGGAGCCGUGGGCUGGGAUCCAGACACCCAGGAUCAGCAGAGGUUCUGGUGACACCCUGACUGGCCUCUCCUUCCCUUCCAGCCUGCUCCCCACCCCCAUCUGCAAAGUGGGGGACAGACUUAUCACCCAAGGUCCCUUCUGCUCCAGGGUUUUCUGAUUUAGGAUUCUCUCACGGCUAAAAGGAAAAUAAAGGUGGCCCAGGAAGCUCGUUAAGGUGUAAUCUGGGAUAAUUUCGUGUGCACAGCCCAAGGACACAGGGCUUUCUGUACUUGCACUGCCUUCCAAAAUGAUCCUACUUGUCAAUUUUCCUUCCAAUUUGAGAAAAAAAACACACACACUCAUCUUGAUUUGGGGAAUUAACCACUAGUAUAGACUGAAUCACUGAACAUGAGAUUGUAUUCAAGCUGCAUUUUUAAAAAUAUAUUUUUUAGACAAGUUCUUUUUUCUUUUGUUACACAUUUCAAGAGAAUGUAUACAGCCUGAAUAUAUAUAGUCAGGGUGUAAGAGAUACACGACAUACACACACCUUCAUGCACACCCUUGCACUCAUGCCUGUGUGGCCUAAAUCAGAUACUCUCGUUGGCAACUUUUUAUCAACUCCCUCUUCCUAUUGACCCAAAGAGCAAGGAACCUAAAAAGAAUUUCCUCUGAUCUGAAUGUGUUGGUUUCUUGAGCAGAAUUUCAGCACACCUUCCCUUCUGCAAAUGCAAAGGGAGCUUUCUUCCCACUGUCUCCAUCUCCCUCUCUCCCCUUCCUGGGAUUUCUUUUUCCCUUUGCUCUUCCUCCACCCUGAAUUGGCCACUAAUUCAAAGGUCCCCUGACUUGAAAAUUCCAAGCUCGAUUCCCAUGGCUGGGAUGGGAAUCCUUCCUGCUGGUCCUUUAGGUAACAUCUUCAGACAAUACUUCAAAACAGCUUCUCCUCUACACCUUCAGGGUGCUUACUUCCCAAAGAACAGAAGCCCACUGUGAUUCGGAAGGUGUUUCUGAGCCCUGACCCCGCCCCCAGAACAUUUCUAUCCUCUCAGACCUCCUUUGAAGGAACAUACCUAACAGGGAGCAAAAAGGCCAUUGUUGGUCUUUUGAUGUCUGCAUAUUAUUGCCUGUAUGAAAUAUGUAAGUGUUUUAUAUAUUCUCUUAUUUUCACCUUAUAUUUUGUAUUGUUGAAAGUUCCUUUUUUUUCCUUCCAAGGAGUCCGAUUGUAAAAUCACUUAUAAGAUAUGAUUAAUCUUUAUGCUAUUACUGUAUAUAAUGUUUGGUAAUAAAUAGUAAACCAUUGACAAUACGAUUGACUGGUGCAGUCCAGAACGUGUAUCAAUAAUCUUGUAAAACAUGAUCACAGACAUUAAGCUAAACUGUUCCUUUUUUUUUCUAAAAACUACACAUGGUUUGGAACGGUUGUAGAUAUUGUUUUGUCUAAGAUAUUUAAUUUAAAUAAACCUUUUUGUACCGUGA